GCGCCACUCGGCAUGGCGGCGCCGGGACGGCUGAGGUUUCCGGAUCCCUGCCAUGCUGGGCUUUCUCUCCGCCCGCCAAGCGGGUUUGGACGAUCCGCUAAGGCUUCGCCGGGCUGAGUCGACCAGGAGGGUGCUGAGCUUGGAAAUAAACAAGGACAAGUAUGUAGAAAGGAUCCAUGAAAGUGGCGUCAAUACCUUGGAUAUUGAACAUAUUGAAAAUCGAUAUAUGUUAUCAGGUGGUUCAGAUGGUGUAAUUGUACUAUAUGACCUUCAGAACUUGAGCGGAAAUUCAUGCUAUACCUGUAAAGCAGUUUGCACUGUGGGAAGAAGCCACCCCGAUGUUCACAAGUUCAGCGUUGAGACAGUUCAGUGGUACCCCCAUGACACUGGCAUGUUUACAUCAAGUUCCUUUGAUAAAACACUGAAAAUCUGGGACACAAAUACAUUACAACCUGCAGAUGUGUUUAAUUUUGAGGAAACUGUAUACAGUCACCAUAUGUCUCCUAUUGCUACCAGGCAUUGCUUAAUUGCAGUUGGUACCAAAAGCCCCAAAGUACAGCUUUGCGAUUUGAAGUCUGGAUCUUGUUCUCACAUCCUGCAGGGUCACAAACAGGAAGUUCUAGCAGUAUCUUGGUCACCACGUUAUGAGUACAUUUUAGCAAGUGCAAGUGCUGACAGUAGAGUGAAGUUGUGGGAUGUGAGGAGGGCUUCUGCUUGUCUGCUUACUCUUGAUCAACAUAAUGGUGAGAAGUCAAAAGCUUCUUCUGAAGCAGUAAAUACUGCUCACAAUGGAAGAGUUAAUGGCUUGUGCUUUACAAAUGAUGGGCUUCACCUUCUGACAACUGGUACAGAUGACCGCAUGAGGCUCUGGAACAGCUCCAGUGGGAAGAACACAUUGGUAAACUAUGGGAAAGUGUGCAACGAAAGCAGAAAAGGACUCAAAUUCACUGUCUCUUGUGGCUGUAGUCCAGAAUUUGCAUUUGUGCCGUACAAUAGUACUAUUGCCAUUUAUACAGUUUAUUCAGGAGAACUAAUGACUAUCCUUAGAGGACAUUUUAGUUCAGUUGACUGCUGUGUAUUCCAGCCUUAUCUUCAGGAGCUGUAUAGCAGUGGCAGAGAUGGCAAUAUCCUUGCCUGGGUGCCCUCUUUGAGAGAGCCGGAACCAGAUGAUACAUCUGAAGAGUUGUCCCAACAGCAUCAACAGAACCCUGCAUAUAAAGAUGCCUGGAGCAGCAGUGAUGACGACGAUGGAUGAAUUCCUAACAAACUGUUGACAGUUGUUUCCUGAAAUAACUGCUGAAGGCAAGGAUGAGGGACCUCUGACUCAUGAGCCAAAAUCAGAUUGCUUCAUUCAGUCUGCAGGGCUUCAUACAUAGGGAGAGAAGGCAGGAGAGCCAAUCCUUAAGGUGUGCUCCUCAAGGCUAUCGCUUGACCCUGUUUGGUUUGUCCUUCCUCUUCCCCAACUGGAGAAAUCUUCAGGAAAAGCCAGGGUGGCUCAGGACUCAUCUGAUCUCUGGAGGAGCUGCUCAUAUGUCCAGUAGGUAUGGCCAAUGCAUACUUGAUCCUGGAACUGAGGGAGGCACUUUUAAAGGACAUCAAACAGCCCUCUGGACUGUCCAUGGAAAAUCUGAGAUGGAAAAGGACUUAGAUAGGAACCUUAUGGUCUCUACUGGUGUCCUGAGUCCUAAACUGUAAACCAUACCAUUUUAUAAAACAUUUACUUUU